AUGGCUGAGGAGCUCGAAUCUAGCGCAUUUCGCGACGGACCCGUGGUGCGUAUGAUGGUGCUCGAGACGGACGAGUCGCACCCGGAAACCAAGUCUCGCCGUGGCACCUUUGGCGAGAUCCUCCACCACCACUUCCUCGAUGCCGGCAACGCUCAUGACCCCCCUCUGGGCAUCGAAACCGACACCCGAUACGUCAUCUCGGAGAAGGCUGGGUCGAUGCCCAAGUUCCAAGAUUUCAAGAACUGUCACGCGCUCUUGAUCACCGGCACCACGUACAGCGCCGGCGGCAACGACCCCUGGAUCUUAGAGCUGCUCGCUCUCCUGAAAGCUAACAUAGCCUCGGAGCUCUGGCUGCACCACCCACGGAUGUGCUUCUCGGGCAUCGGCACGCGACAUAUCAAGCACUACCACGAGAACAAUUCCACUGUUCAUCCUACCCGCAAGAGAUCGGUGGCAUCCGAGCUGAUUCUCAAUUAUGAGAACCUCCACACCGACUGA